AUGGGCGGGGGAGGCUCUGCAGCUCAGGCACAGCUGCUGGAUCCAGACCGCCCUCGCUUCCACGUGCACCCACCCCAGGGAUGGAUGAACGACCCAAAUGGCCCCGUGUUUUAUAAGGGCCGGUACCACAUGUUCUACCAGCACCUGCCCAACGCCUGCGAGUGGGCGUUUGGCAUCGUUUGGGGGCACGCCGUCAGCUCAGACCUGGUGCACUGGGAGCACCUGCCCCCCGCCCUGGUGCCCACGCCGGGCACGCUGGACGCCGACGGCUGCUUCAGCGGCAGGCACGGCUGGCUGGCGGCCAGCAUGCAUGGGGGUGUGGGGCAGGGGCUGCCUGCGUUGCCGUUGCUGCGGUGCAACCUGGAGGCGGGGCCGCUGCCGCCGCCGGAGCACGACCUUGGCAUGGUGUGGGUGGAGAGUCAGCUGGCGGCGGUGCCAGAAGACCCGGGCGACGAGCUGCUGGUUCGGUGGCGCAAGAUCGAGUCGCCCUUCCUGCACCUGCCCCCUGGCGACAUGCAGCUGACGGGCUGGCGCGACCCCUUCAUUUUCACCACCAACACGGCAGCUGCACCCACCGAGGAGGCCGGGUUUGAGGCUAAUGGUUACUCUCGAGACAUCCGCAUGCUCAUCGGCAGCGGGCUCAAGGGACAGGGCGGCACCGCUCUGGUCUACAAGUCUCGCAGUCUGCUGGGGGGGUGGGAGCUGGAGGGGACGCUGUGCGAGGCGUCAAACACAGAUACCGGGGUGGUAUGGGAGUGCCCGCUGCUGGUACCGCUGGAUCCCGUCCCGCGCAGCCAGCGCGCGCCGUCCCGCCACGUGCCGCCCUCGUGGCUCGUCCUCACCGGCCCCGCGGCCAGCGACAGCGACAGCGAGCGCAGGGACGGCUUUGGCAGCUACACCCAGUUUGCUGAGCCGGGGUCUGGAGGCUCAGCAGGCUCAGCAGGGUCUGGCGGCCGCGGCGGCGGCCGAGGCAGUACCAUCCGCUCAGCCCUGCACCUGUCCCUGCUGGACGGCUCGCCAGCAGCAGGCGGCCGCGGCGGCAGCGCAGCCUCGCCUGCCGCUGCGGCGGCCGACGCGCUCGCGGCAGGGACGGCGGCGCCGCGGCCCGCGCCUGGCAGCCUGGCGGCAACCGCGGUGGUCGCGGCCGUGACGGCCUCGGCAGCGGCAGACUUCGAUGCCCUGUCCCAGGCGUCGCUGCUGCCGCCGGGGCGGCGGCGGCGCCAGGUGGCGGGCGCCAGGCUGGCGCUGGAAAGCGCCGCCACGCUUGAGGACUGGAGCCGCUCCAACAGCACGCACACCAGCCCAGCCCAGCCCAGCCCGCUCGACCCGCUGUCCAAGGCUGACAGCCCCGACGUGCUUUCCUCCCCAGACCACAACGGGCGGCCGGGGGCCCAACAGCGCCGCGCCCAGCAGCUGCCGCCGCCGCCGCAGCAGGCGGCGGGUGCGGCCGCUGCAGGCGACGCAGGCGGCAGCUCCUGCGGCAGCAGCGACGGCGGCAGCGACGCCAGCUGCUCCAGCUCGGAGCGCGCCGCCGGGGCUGGCAGCCAGCAGCAGCAGCAGCAGCAGCGGUGCGAGGACGAGGAUCGCUUUGCCGCGGCGCUGAGCCGCGUGCGCAGCAUCCGCGCUCGCAAGCGGUCCAAGGAGCGCAGCGCCGCACGCCUCGCCUCCCUCGCCUCCGCCUCCCAACGCAGCGAGCUGGUGGCGGCCGGCGGCGGCGGCAGCAGCGGCCUGCGGGGCGCGGCUGCGGCGGAGGACUCCCCGCAGCCGCCGCGCCGCCAGUGGCACUUCUUCACCGUGUCUCCCGACGCCCCCACCAACCCGGUGCUGUACUGGAUGGGCCACGUGCAGGACACACAGGAGGCCCGCUUCGAGCUGGGUGGGGGCGGCGCCUACGCCGCCGGCCUGCUGUUCCGCUCUUAUGAAGCCGAGGCGGAGGGAGGCACCGCUCUGGUGUAUGACUGGGACAGGAAUGCUCUGGAGGCGAUCUUCAAUGUGCCGCCCAACUGGCAGCCGCAGGCGGCGGCGGUGGCGGCGGCGGCGGCGGCGUCUGCCGCCGGCGACGAGCCCGAGCACUUUGACCCCGCGCUGCUGCUCACGCCUCGCCCCAGCGUGAACAACCUGGCUGGGCUGGGCAUGAGCCGGGAGCCCUCUGCGAUCUUCUCCCCCGACGGCUUUGAGUCGGCCACCGCCUCCGCCUCAGCCACCCCCCGCACCGCCACCGCCUCGCUGGCGGGAGAGCUCAGCAGCAGCGUGCUGUCGCCGCAGCGGAGUGGCGUCAGCAUCGCGGGCGUACCGCACGUACCGCCGCUUGACCUUGGGAUCCCCGGCCUGCCGCCGCCGCCGCACCUGGGAGAGGGCGGCGGCGGCGGCGGGCUGGGAGGCGGGCUGGGAGGGCGGCCUCUGAGCGACGGGCGCACGGCGCUGGGCAUGCCGCGCGCGGGCAGCCACCCAGCCCUCUCGCAGCUGGGCACCUCGCUGCCGCGCGGCGGCUUCCUGUCGCCACGCCGCUCGCCGCAGCCGCCGCAGCCGCUGGGACAAGACACGGAUGCUGACCUGGACUUUUUGUUGGAUGAGCUGGCAGCGCCCAUGCGCGAGGCGCCGGCGCCCUUUGUGGAGCCGCGGCGCGUGGGCGGGCCGCUGCCGCUGAUGCGCCCGGCAGACCCGCUGCACCUCCGCAUUCUGGUGGAUCACUCCUGCAUUGAGGUGUACACAGGCACAGGGGAGGCGCUGAGUACCCGCAUCUAUAGGGGUCCCGCCCCUGAGGGCUGUGCGGAUGCUGGCAUCUCCUUCCUGGCCUUUGGAGGCACGGCACACAUCAAGCACUGCGUGACUUUUGAGAUGGGCUCCGCCUGGCAGCAGCCCGAGGCUGUGGCGGCCAAGGCGGCGGUGGCAGAGGCAGCCACGGCGGCCGCCGCCAGCCCCAAGCAGCCGCCGCCGCCCGCCGCUGGGUCGCCGGCGCCGGCGGCGCCGCCCGGCGGCAGGGCCGGCAGCGCGCUGACGGCGUCGCUGGCGGCGGCCAGGGGCGGCGAGGGCGGCGCGGCAGCGCCGCCCCCGGCGGGCGCAGACGGCGACGCGGCGGCGGCGGCGGCUGCACAGGCGUCGGUGGCAGCUGCGGCUGCGGACCUGCUGCUGGAGGAUCUUGUCACCAUGUGCAUCUCCCCCCAGUGCAGCACCUCGAUGAUUGGGGCCUGA